CAUUCUCCACAAACAUGGUUUAUUAUUCUGUGGUGGAGAAAGCCCCAUAAGUAGACUGGGCACCAGUCUGUUUGUGUCAUCAUGCCACUCCUUGUCAUGGCAAACAGCUGACAUGAUAGCACAAACAUACUGUAUCUGGGACCAGGCUACCGCAGAGACACAAUUAUGUGUGACCUGCAUACUUUUGGUAUGAGACAAUAUAAGUUUGCCACUUGUAGUCUAUUGUAGGCCUACUACAUAUACCAGUAGAUACAGUACAUACUGAAUGACCGCAGUAAUUCCGAAGUAAUACCAAACUUUGCAUCUGCACUGUUCUUCAAGAAAAGGUGUUUUUGUAAAGUUCUCAGUGGAAAUUGUUAUAAGUAGUCCUUGUGCAUAGAGUUGUAUGGUUUGCUUAACUUUGCAAUAAUUUGUUUGACUUACAUUUUAAAGUGACAUUUUUUUGUCUUAGUGUCACUCUGUUACAGUGGAAUUGCCCAUAGGCUACCAGUGCCAAUUCUGUCUGCUUGUUGCUAAAACGUAUUGUGCUUGCAAUUAUUUUCAGAACCAUGAGGAUCCUCUUCAGAAACCUACGCCUCAGUAGAUGGUCCAUUGUCAUUGGGACUGCGUUGGUGUCAUUGAUUGGUGUCAUCUUUAUGACGAUGGACGUCAAUGUCUCACUAACAUAUAGGGGAGAGCUCAGAGUGUGGCGUAAGAACCACACAGGUUGGCAUUGGAACACCUCUGCCUCCACCACACCACUGCUGUCACAGCCUACUGUGGAUGUUUUCAAGUGCUCCCUCAAUGACAGCAUGCAGAAUAUUCCGUCCUCUGUCCCACCUGCCCACCGUAACUUCCUCAUGUAUAAACACUGCAGGACAUUCCCCCGCCUGCUGUCUCCAACACCCUGUGAGAAUGACCUUUUUCUCCUGCUGGCCAUUAAGUCCACAGCCAUCCAGGUGGAUCGCAGGAUUGCGCUCCGGAGCACUUGGGGGAAGAGGGGAUAUGUUCAGGGUAAAAGGGUGAAACUGUUGUUCUUAGUAGGUAAGUCGUUAGACAGAAUACAGGGAUUCCUGCUGCAGCAGCUACUGGAGUGGGAGAGCAGGCAGUUUGGAGACAUCCUGCAAUGGGAUUUUGAGGACAGUGUUUUCAACCUGACCCUGAAGGAGGUCCACUUCCUGAACUGGUUCACCUUGGAGUGCCAGUGGGCCCACUUUGUGUUCAAAGGGGACGAUGACGUUUUUGUUCACACAAGCAAUCUGGUUGAAUAUGUUAAAGGCCACAAGCCCUCUGAGCAACUCUUCGCUGGUGACAUAAUUUCAAGAGCCUAUCUAAUCCGGCACAACCAAUGGAAGUACUUCAUACCAGAGGAGAUGUACCCCAACAAGCCAUAUCCUCCAUACGCUGGCGGUGGGGGCUACCUGAUGUCACGUCAGACUGUGCUGAGCCUGGGAAUAGCAGUGUCCAGCACUGACCUCUUCCCCAUUGAUGAUGUCUUUGUGGGCAUGUGCCUGCAGAAGAUUAAUGUGACGCUGACACACCACUCUGGCUUCAGAACCUUUGGGUUCCAUCAGGUGGUGUCACAUUUCAACCCCUGCAUUUACAGGGAGAUCAUGCUGGUGCACAAACUGAAUCCCACCGAGAUGUGGACCAUGUGGUCUCUACUGCAGGACACAAAGCUGAAGUGCUUUAGAUUAAGGAUAUGAGGCAUCAGGUGUUGUGUGUAUCUUGCUGUACUUGUCUGUCUCACUACUGUAAAAUAAGCAUUCCUUUCAUAGAGAAAUUAUUCUUAUAAAUGGUCAAAAAUAGCUUCUUUUCCUUCAUCGAUAUUUAUAUUUGAAGUAUUCUGACAUAUUGGCUUUACUGUGUAUUCAGUUCAGCAAAGAUGGUGUACGAGCUCUACGGAGAUUUGAUACUUUUGACAAGGAAGUUUGUAGAAUGUUUCUUGGGUUCUAGGAAGGUCGAACAGAAACUUUAAAAACAGGUCUAGUGGGUUACAGAGAUACUGAUGGGUAACAAACUUCAGAGGUACUGAUGGGUAACAAACAGGUCUAGUGUGCUGUGGGUGAGGGGAGCUGUGGUGUACAAUUAUUAUAAACAAUCAAUUGUUUGAGGGAGCAGUGAUGAACUUGUCUACUAUAGCUGAAAUCUGUGGAUUGUAAAUGUAGAUUUAAAUGUGAUGUCAUAAUGCUUUCUGAAACAUGUGGUCCAGGGUUUUGUCAGUUUCUAUUCAGGUGAACUCUAUUGCAUAGCGGGGCCAGUACUUUCUUAUGAUGAAGUAGAUUGUGUAAAGAAAAUAUAAGAGAACAAAA